AUGGAAGAAAGUCCUAGUUCUCCUGUUUCUCCUGUAGAUAGCUUGGGGACCAGUGAAGAAGAGCUGGAGAAGCAGCCAAAGAGAUUUGGAAGGAAAAGAAGAUAUAGUAAGAAAUCCAGUGAAGAUGGAAGCCCAAAUCCAGGCAAAAGGGGAAAGAAGUCCAGCCCAGGUGCCCAGUCCUAUGAGGAACUCCAAAGCCAACGGAUUCUUGCUAAUGUGCGAGAGAGGCAAAGGACUCAAUCCCUCAAUGAAGCAUUUGCAGCCCUAAGGAAAAUCAUUCCAACACUGCCUUCCGACAAACUCAGCAAAAUCCAGACUCUCAAACUGGCUGCCAGGUACAUAGACUUCCUCUACCAAGUACUGCAGAGUGAUGAGAUGGACAACAAGAUGACCAGCUGCAGCUAUGUUGCUCACGAGAGGCUCAGUUAUGCCUUUUCUGUGUGGAGGAUGGAAGGAGCUUGGUCAAUGUCUGCCUCGCACUAGCCAACAUCAACCAACACAACAGCCAAAGUGCAAAAAUAUCUGGAGUUUUAAUACAGACCUGUGAGAGCUGGGGAAAGAAAGUAGCUUCAAAACUGCCCAGCUGCUGAAUUCUGCAACUUCAUGAAGUUAUCAAAAGUUUUCCUACAUUCAAUGCCUCAUGCCAUUAUAUAAAUCAUCAACCUCCAACUUCUCAUGACAUAAGAACAGAUUUUAUUAUAACACAUCUGGAUACAGGGUAGUUAGACUAUAUACAAUUUUACAUUUUAAAAAUAUCCUUUCCCCACUCUCCAUCACCCUAACCUUUUGUGCUCCUCGCUUCCCUUGUUACUAUAUAGUCAGAGGAUCAACUAUAGGAUUCCAGCAUUUUAAAGUAGCUUUAAAAACAUUGUUAUGCUGAAACACAUAGGGAAAUUCCACCCAGAGGCACUCUUACCCCUGGACUUUGGAGCCAAAGUCCAGGGCCUCCACAGCCCCUGGGGCCCCCCAAAUCCUCUUUAGUCAAAUCCUCUUUUGGGUGGUGUGGUUGCCCGGCAGAGCAUGAUGAUGCUUAAUUUGCGGGGGAGGGGGGCUUCCAAAGGCCUUUAGGUCCAUGCUCCAAAAUUACCUAGGUGCACAUCUGAUUCCACCUAAAAGUAAACACAUUUAAAUGGCAACAUAAAGCACUUCCUAAUGCUCUUCCAUUAAUAUCAUUGGCAUAUGGAGCUGCAAUCCUAUGUACAUUUACUUUAGGGAGUCCAAUUGAGCCUAGUGAGACUGACUUCCACGUAAAUAUGUAAAGGAAUGUCUUACACAAGUGCCUAACUUUGAAGGAAUUUUUUCCUUUUUUGCUCACUGUCGAUGCCAUUAAACUAGGACUACAGUAGAAAAAAAAUUAAGAGGAAACAUUUCAUGCAAUUACUUCAUUUAUAUGACUGAUUAACUAUAAACUACUACUUUUCAGACUCUGUAAUAUCAAUUAACUGUAGUGCAACUGUCUUUGUAGUGAUGCAGCAGGCUAUCUGCAUAAAGUAAUGUUGUGCUAAAGAUGUCUCCUAUUUCCAUGCCUUACUAUAAUAUUUUACAACUUUUAAUCCUUUUAACAUGCAAGGAACAAAAGCUUUUGUGCAAUGAACUGAAAAUCUGUAUUCAUUUAUAAAUA